AUGCUUACCAAAGUCGAGUGUCUUGUCAGCGAGGCCUUCAUGGACAGCGAGGUCUGUACGACCAGCGACACGAAUGAGACGAAGAUGAAGGUAGAGAUAGAGCAGCAGACGACAAUGAUCAUGGCGAAUCAGGAUUCGUCGUCUCUCAAGUCUUCACAGGAAACGCAGCGAUCGGCAUUGCGGACGACACUUGGCAUAGCGUCAUCUGCUGCAAGUUUUGUGCUAUUUCCUUACGUUGUUGCAGGUAAAGUGGCUGUAUACGCCACGUCUACGGUCGUCAGAGCCCCAGUACACCUCACAAACCAAGUGCGAGCUAGUAUUGCACAAUCAUGGACGAGAUCAAUUCACGAUUACGUAGACACGGAUCUCUUUGAUGAAGACUUUAGGAGUAGUACGAGCUCUUCGAGUGGUGUCGAUAAUGGCAAUGAGCAGGUGAUGGAGUCAUUCGAGAAAGUGACAAAUGAGGGAGAAAAUUACAACGAAUAUGAGAGUGGGGUAGUCUCCCAGUUGCUGCAUUUACCACUAAGGCUGGUGCAUAGCAGCGUCUCCACUGUCGUGGCGAUCCCUAAACGGAUCGCUACAUGUAGUGGGCGAAAACUAUCCGGAGCAGUAUCGACAUCUCAUGCGUUCGCGACGUCGGCAGUUGUGGCGUCCACUAGUAGCGUUGCAAGGACGGGGGUGCACGUAGCCAGAGGUAUCACACAUGGAGCUGUGUCUACUGCAUCGUUCGCGGUAUCGGCAAUCUCUGGAGCGGUGGGGGCAUCCGUGAGGACUGUAAGCUAUGCGAUUCCGCCGUCGGUAUCAAACGCCGUGUGGAAGGGCAUGGAUAUUACUGGUAACGCAUCGGUGAAUGUGCUGUCAAAUGCUAUAGCAGUGCCGUCGUAUCGGAUGCUGCAAGCAUUGGUGCCUGCUAUAAACAACUGUUUCUCUGAGGAAGAUGUAGUGAAUGAGACACGAACUAUGGUGAAGAUGCUGGUGAAUUUGCUGGGUCCGCAGAAUGCGUUUUACCUACUGAAAUGGGCCUACGAGACGAUCAACAGUGAAGAAGCACACGACGCUUUAUUGCUGUGCGGUGAUAUUAUGCAUGAGUCACUGGAUGGAGAGAAUUACCGGCUUGCUGGAGCGUCGGCAAGUACAGCUACAGGCUUCACUAUGGUUAUGCAUACAAUGAAGGAGACGUACAGCGUACUACCAUCAUUUGAUGAGCUGUUAGAUGCUGUUGUCCUUGUUGCUGAUAUUUCGAACGAAGUGGUUGAUGGGGUCGCUCAUGUCGUAAGUAAGGAAAGAGAUCUAAACUUAUGGGACGAAUCCCGCUUCAAGUACGUCUACGCUGACGAGGAGCCUUGUCUCGUGGAGCCCACGGAAACGACGUUUGAGCGCCAAGAAAGCAAUCUGUCAUCGGAAGAGGAGCGAACUUCGCUGUUUGAAUCAGGCCUUUUAAUGUUAACACGAGCCUGCGAUAGUGAAGAAGCGUCGUCACUGUUUAACACGUUCGACAACUUCCUGGAUGUAAUGAUAGACUAG